UUGCAGCUUAUAAUUAAAUUAUGAGUGAAGAGAUUACUGUCAACGUUGUAGAUGCGACUGGUAAAAUGUAUCAUGUCAAGAUUAGUAAGAGUGACUCAGUAGCGAAGCUCAAGGAGGAGAUCUGUAAGGCUGGAGGUUGGGAGAUGAAGGAUCUUCUGUUUGGUUUCAAAGGCAAGGAGCUGGGAGAAGCUAAGAAUCUAGAGACUCUGGAGAAGAUGAAGAUCCAGCAAGAUAGUACCCUCUUGGUUGGCUCUAAGCUAGAAAUAUUAUCACUUAUGCUGAAAAAGAAUCAAUCAUAAGCUUAUUCUCCAUAAGAGUCUGUAUUAUAGAUGCCUUUAUUAGAUCACUCUGGUAUCUCCUGAAGAUAUAUAGGAUCUUCAUCUUGACUAUUUUUGCACUUGGCACUUAUGUUUUAACCGCCAUUCUACACUAAUCCAAUAAACUAUUUUCAAAACUUUA